AUGUGUUACCGCACUACCGGUGACUUCACCCAUGAGAAGGGUCUGAGAAGAAGGUUGCGUCGUCAGCUGAAAAGUGAUCGCGAGAACGAAUGGACAUCAAGAGCGAAGGAGCUUGAGAAGGCGUGGGAGGACAAGAACACGAGAAAAGCAUUGCUAAGGCAGUAUAGCGGCAAAAUGAAGAGGUGUUCGCCUGUCCUGAACACAGCCGACGGAGUCGCUGUCGGAGACGCAACCUUGGCCAUCUAA